AUGCUGCUGCUCCCCUUUCUCUCCCUUCUAGCCCUUCCUUUCUGUCUCGCGGCCUCUGCAGACUCGGCGUACGAGCAGCUCACCAACCUCGCCAAGUCCAACAAUGGCCUCAUCAAGCUCGACGACAAGUCCUACGGACUUUUGACCCAUGCCAAACGCAACUGGACCUCCUCUGUCCACUUCACUGCCCUCGAUCCGCGGAGACGAUGCGCGCCUUGCAAGGAGUUCGACCCUUCGUUCACCACUGUAGCAAAGGCAUGGAACAAGGUCCCCGCCAGAGACCGCAGCUCGCACUUCUUCGCGACAGCAGACUUCGACUCCGCCAUGGGCGUCUUCCAGAAGCUCGGCAUCCAGAGUGCGCCGGUCGUUCACAUCUACCCCGCUGCCGAGGGCCCACGCCGUCCCGCGAACGGCCGCAUCUCUCCCAUCGUCUAUGACUUCUCCAAUGGCUUUGACGCGGGUCCGCUCGCCGAGCAGCUCUCCGCAUGGACUCCCGUCCCGAUCCCGUACAAGGCCCCCAUCGACUGGGCCAAGUACGGCACCACCGCCGGCUUCGUCCUCAUCGCGCUCUCCAGCAUCCGCAUCAUGCUCCCCGUCAUCCGCUCCCGUUGGGCAUGGGCCGUCGGAAUCGUUCUCACCUCGCUCGUCAUGACCUCGGGCUUCAUGUUCGUCCGCAUCCGUGGUAUGCCCCCCUCUGGCCAGGGCGGUCAGUGGAUUGCGCAGGGCUACCAGAACCAGUUUGGCCAGGAAGUCCAAGUCGUGUCCUUCGUCUACGGUCUCCUCAGCGCGUCCUUCCUCAUGCUCACCCUCAUCACACCCUACCAGAGCAGCCCGGCGCGCCAACGGCUCCAGGUCUACCUCUGGUCCGGAGUCAUCUUCGUCAUGUUCUCCGUCCUCAUCUCCCUCUUCCGCGUCAAGAACCGCAGCUAUCCAUUCAAGCUGCUCUUGUAA